AUGGAUCAACAACGCUUUUUGCAGCAGUUGCAGAUCGUCCUUGACCCUUCCCAGGGAAACGUCAAGGAGGCCACUGGCAUCCUGCAAAGAGAGUUUUACAACAAGCCGCAGUCUUUGGUCCUCUUGACACAGAUUGCCACUGGCCAUGAGGAUCCCAAUCUCCGCCAGCUGGCGGCUGUCGAGGCUCGUGGUCUUGUCCAAAAACACUGGCUGAAGGUUCCCGUGGACCAGAAGCCCCAGGUUCGGGAGCAGCUGCUUCGCUCGACCAUGGGCGAAAGCUCUGCUCUCGUCCGACACUCCGUUGCCCGGAUCAUCUCCGCCAUUGCGAAGAUUGAUCUGCAAGACGGCGAGUGGGCAGAUUUGCCGAACAUUCUCCUACAGGCCGCCGCAGGGGGCAACAAGGAGGAAAGGGCGGUUGCCAUUUACAUCUUGUUUACCAUCUUGGAGACCCUCGGUGAAAGCUUUGAGGAGAAGUUCCAGGACCUGUUCACCUUGUUCAGCAAGACAAUUCAGGAUCCCGAGAGUGCCGAGGUGCGCAUCAACACCCUGCUGGCUCUGAGCAAGCUGGCCUAUCACCUUGACUCUGAGGAGAACGUGGCCCCAGUGAAGGCCUUCCAGAACAUGGUGCCUUCAAUGGUCGCUGUUCUCAAGGAUGCUAUCGAUCAGUCUGAGGAGGACCGCAUCAUGCAGACGUUUGAGGUCUUCCAGACCCUGCUGAGUCUGGACCCGGCCCUUUUGACCGUUCACUUGAAGGACCUUGUUGUCUUCAUGAACGAACUCGCCGCCAACACUCAGGCCGACGAGGACGUCCGUACCCAGGCCAUCAGCUUCUUGAUGCAGUGCGUUCAGUACCGUAAGCUCAAGAUUCAGGGCAUGCGCCUCGGUGAACAACUUACUCGUACUGCGUUGCAAAUCGUCACCGAGCUCGACGAGGCCCCAGCUGAUGAUGACGACAUCACACCCCCUCGCUCUGCUCUUGGUCUUCUUGACAUCCUUGCCCAGAGCCUGCCUCCUAGCCAGGUGGUUGUGCCUCUACUCCAAACACUGGGCCAGUAUUUCACCAGCACUGAUCCCAACUACCGCCGUGCUGGUAUCAUGGCUCUCGGCAUGUGUGUCGAGGGUGCUCCUGACUUUAUCAGCACCCAAAUGAAGGAGAUCUUCCCCAUGGUUCUUCAGCUUCUCGCGGAUCCUGAGCCUAAAGUCCGUCAGGCGUCUUUGCAUGCCGUUGCACGGUUGGCUGAUGACCUCGCUGAGGAUCUCACUGCGGAGCACGAGCGUCUUAUGCCGUUGCUCUUCAAGAACCUGGCCAGCGCCAUGCAGGAGUACAAGGGCGAAGAGGAUGGCCCUAUCAUGGACAUCAUGAAGGCCGGUAUCAGUGCCAUCGACGCUGUUGUUGACGGUCUCGAUGAGAAAGACGUCGCUCCAUAUCAGGCUGAGCUUGUGCCUAUCCUGCACGAGCUCUUCAAGCACCCUGACUUCAAGAUCAAGGGUCUCGCGGCUGGUGCUCUUGGCUCGCUCGCCUCUUCUGCCGGUGACUCCUUCCUCUCAUUCUUCGAUGAAUCCAUGCACCUUCUCCAGGAGUUCGCAGCUGUCAAGGACAGUGAGGAAGAGCUCGAUCUCCGCGCCAGUGUCACCGACGCUAUGGGUGAAAUGGCUGCUGCCGCUGGACCUGAGCGCUACCAGCCUUACGUCGAGCCCUUGAUGCGUGCAACAGAGGAGGCACUCCACCUCGGUCACUCGCGCCUCAAGGAGAGCACCUACAUUUUCUGGGGUGCUAUGGCUAAGGUUUACUCGGAGCAGUUCUCUCCCUUCCUUGAUGGUGUUGUCAAGGGUUUGUUCGAUUGCAUCGAGCAGGACGAGAACGAUCUCGAGCUUGAUCUCGGUGCUGCCGCCAAAGACCUCAUCGGCCAGGAAGUCACUGUUGCUGGUCGUAAAGUCAAGGUCGCCAGUGCCGACGACGACGACGAGCUCGAUGGCGACAUUGAGGAUGUGGACUUCGACGAGGACGACGAUGAUGCUUGGGACGAUAUCACUGCUACCACCCCCCUUUCUCUCGAAAAGGAGAUUGCCGUUGAGGUGAUUGGUGAUCUAGUCACUCACACUCGUAGCUCCUUCUUGCCCUACUUCGAGAAGACCAUCGAGACUGUGAUGCCCCUCGCUGAACAUCCUUAUGAGGGCGUCCGUCGAAGCACCAUCAGCACUCUUCACCGCUCUUACGCGAUGCUCUUUGCCAUCGCAGAGGAGAGCGGCCAAAUGCCGAAGUGGCAGCCUGGUCUGCCGCUCCAGGUCCAGCCUGCCAAGGAAGUCCAGAAGUUCGGUGAGAUCUUGAUGACUGCCACUAUCAAGAUGUGGGCUGAGGAAGACGACCGUGCCACCGUCGCUGACAUCAACCGCAACAUGGCCGAGAACCUCCGCUACUGCGGCCCUUCUUUGAUCGCCAACGAGACUGUGCUACACAAUGUCAUUCAGAUGGUCACCGACAUCAUCACCAAGCAGCACCCUUGUCAGAUGGAGUUCGGUCCUGAAGAAGAGACCCUCGAGGCUGGUGAGGAGACUUCUGAGUUCGAUUGGGUUGUCGUCGACACUGCCCUGGAUGUUGUAUCCGGCAUGGCUGCCGCCCUCGGUCAGAGCUUUGCCGAGCUCUGGAAGGUCUUUGAGAAGACCAUCCUUCGCUAUGCCAGCAGCACCGAGUCUCUUGAGCGUGCCACGGCCGUCGGUGUCCUCGCUGAAUGCAUCAACGGCAUGGGCGCAGCUGUCACUCCCUUCACUGGUUCCUUCUUGAAGCUGCUCUUGCACCGUCUUGGCGACGAGGAUACCCAGACUCGAUCCAACGCCGCUUACGCAGUUGGUCGCCUGGUGGAGCGCUCCAACGCGGAUGCUGAGAUUGUCAAGGCCUUCCCGUCUAUCUUCGGCCACCUGGAGUCUUGCUUGCAGAUGAAUGUUUCCCGUCUGCAAGACAACGCUACCGGCUGUGUGUCGCGCAUGAUCCUGCGUCACCCGCAGCAUGUUCCCACCAAGGACGUUCUGCCCGCUUUGGUGAACAUCCUGCCCUUGAAGAACGACUUUGAGGAGAAUGAUCCUCUCUACCGCAUGAUCUGCCAGAUGUACAAGGCGGAAGAUUCUACCAUCCGGGAGUUGACCCCGCGCCUGCUCCCCGUGUUCCAGGCUGUCCUGACCGGCGAUGAAGAUCAGCUCGACGACGAACGUCGCGCUGAACUUAUCGAGCUUGUCAAGUGGUUGAACCAGAUGCAGCCCGGCGCUGCUCCCUGGGCUGAGCAGCUGUAA